AUGACCAAGUCUUUCUCUUUCACGUCCCAUGCAAAUGUUGCAUUCGCGAUGUUGUUGCUUUUCUUCAUCAUGAGCACAGCAAGCCAAGCGCAACUAUCUUCAACAUUCUAUGACCGAACCUGCCCAAACGCUCUUGCUACUAUCAAAUCAUCCAUAAGCAGAGCAGUUUCGCGUGAACGCCGGAUGGCGGCCUCCCUAGUGCGCCUCCAUUUCCACGAUUGCUUUGUUCAGGGUUGUGACGCCUCACUCUUACUUAAUGAUUCUGCUUCUAUCGUAAGCGAAAAGAACGCAUUUCAAAACAGGGGUUCUGCUAGAGGCUUCGAAGUCAUAGAUGAUGCAAAAGCUCAAGUGGAGAAGAUUUGCCCUGGUGUUGUAUCUUGCGCAGAUAUCCUUGCUGUGGCAGCUCGGGAUGCAUCAGUUGCUGUGAGUGGUCCAUCUUGGACUGUGAAGCUUGGAAGAAGAGAUGCGACCAGAGCAAGCCAAGCUCAAGCUGAAAGUGACCUUCCACUUUUCACAGACUCCCUUGACCUCCUUAUUUCCAGAUUUGGUGACAGAGGCCUCAGUCCCAGGGAUCUGGUUGCAUUGUCAGGUGCACAUACAAUAGGGCAGGCUCAGUGCUUCACAUUUCGUGACAGGAUUUACAACAAUGGAAGUGACAUUGAUUCUAACUUUGCAACUACUCGCAGACGCCGCUGUCCAGCUGCUGCACCCAACGGUAAUGCAAAUUUGGCACCACUUGAUUUGGUGACACCAAAUUCAUUCGACUACAAUUACUUCAAGAAUUUAAUCCAGAAGAAGGGUCUUCUUCAAUCAGAUCAAGUUCUCUUUAGUGGAGGAUCCACAGACAGCAUUGUCUCUGAGUAUAGUUCGAAACCCGCAACUUUUAGGUCUGAUUUUGGAAUCGCCAUGAUUAAGAUGGGAGACGUUUCUCCUCUCACCGGUUCAGCUGGAGAGAUCAGAAGGAUUUGCACUGCUGUCAACUAA